UCAAACUCAGACGGUUCAAAAAUAAAAAAUAUUUUCUAAUUCCUGGUAUGUGAAACGACGCUAAACACUUCGAAUAAUAUAAUCGGUCAGCAAAUCAACCAUGUAAGUCAUAAUUAUCUAUUAAUCUUAAAUCACACCGUCGUUAUUUUGCAAGCGGAAGAAAGAUGAAGAAAGAAGUUUUUUUCUACUUAGUUUCCGUGUUGUGGUUUGGGAAUGUCCAGUCAAAUAAGACGAUGGAGCAGCUGGCCGGCAUGCUGGAAAGUCACAGUCAAUCUCUGCUGCAGUUACAGAGCUACCUCGUGCGUACUGACCAGUUCUGGAACUGGUACUCCAGUAACAGACAACGCUUGAACACAAUGCUCACAGCACCGCAGUCUUCGGUCGCGGCUGCGGACGACAAAAUAGAAGAAAUCCUUACGCGUCUUCAGCGUCUCGAGCAAGUGAGCGGGGGCUUGAGAGAAGCUCCUAAUUGGUUGGAUCAGGAAGAGCGACUGAAAAAUCUGGAAGGUUCCUUGCUGCGACUGACAGAGGAACAGAAGGAAUCGAAUGCGAGGAUGCAGAUAAUGCAACAAUCACUUGAAGAAACCAGCCAAAAGAUCGCCAACCUCAUGAUGUUUGUUCGACAAAUAACAAUUUUAUCAAACAAUUCUUUCGACGAAAUCAAUGGUAGAAUCGAUAAACUUUCAGCAAGUAUCAAGUCAGAAGAUAAUCUUUCCGCAAGGAUUACGAACACCACUAAUAAUUUAGAAAGCGUUUCUCAUGACAUCAAUUGGCUUAGGAAUAAAACUGAGUCUUUAGAAGAUCAUCAAAGAACAACUGUUGUCACGGGCACUUAUUUGAACAGCAGUGUUGAGGCCAUCAACAAGGAGCUACGGAACAUCACAGACGAGACUCGGCUCUUUCCUGAUAUAGAUUCUCGUCUAAACGUUUUGAAAGACAAGGUGGAGCGUUUCGUGAACGGCAGCGGAGACAGAUCGUACAGAGCAUUUGAGUGUAAUGGCCGGUUACAGGAAACCUGUGAAGAGAAGGUCCAUUCCCUGGAGGAGAAUGUGAAUUAUACGCGGUCGGCGCUACUGCAGCUUACAGGAGACCGAAGAGAAGACCAGGAAAAUAUCAUUUACUUGAAAGAUCAGCUCCAGGAUAUAAAGACUAAAUUACAAAACACGGAGACCAGAUUUGAAUCUGUGCACCGAACUGUGGAGUCGCUGAGGGACGAACUGACUACGGUCUCAUCAUCAGUAGCAAGAAUCGACGGUCGUUUAGAGAAUAACCCUGAUCGAUUAACUGACCUCGGAAACACAGUCACGGAUUUGAAAAGAGAAUUUACCGAGAUUAAAACCAAGAUUGAUGGCAUGGAAAUGUCAUCUCCGGCGAAUGUCUCUGCAGAGUUCCAAGAAAUACGAGCCAAGUUGACGGCCAUCGAGCAGGCGGUUGCGAACAAGAGCGCAGUCAGAGUGAGAGGAGACGAGUUGGUUAGCAGUCUCUUCGGUAACGGAGAAAACAACAACAACAACGCCAUCACCCCAACCGGCGUCAACUCGCCCUUCGGCAACGUCAUCCCCCCAGGUUUCCCCGGGGGCAAAAUCAUCCCUUCCGAAUUCCGCGGGAUAACACACAACUCCAUAGGAUAACACAAGAGCCAGCAAGGCUGUAGAGAGCUGUACAUAACUUACCAAUGAUUUAUGUUUAUCUUAUUCUCAGUUAAAUGUGGUAUGAUCAGAUCACGAAUAUAUUUAUGCCCUCAAAAUACGUACCCAUAUCAAUUAAUCGCCAUAUUUCCUGUGUAGCCAUGGAAAGUGUAUCAAUUCGUUUUAUUUAUUGUUAUUUUUUGCAGAAAUGUUUUGCUAAAGUCGCCCCUUCGAAUUUCAACUUUCAUAACUGCUCAUUGCCAGUGCAUUUUUCCCAAGUUCUACUUGAGGUUUCGACAAGAGCAAUAUAUCCGUUACAAGUACUUUUUUUAUAAACUAUGAGAUUACUUGUGUUUCACGUUGUUGAUUGAAUGCCACUGUACAAGAUUGACAUAUUUUUGUAAUUUAAAUAUGAAUUGACCGAACAAAGCCAGGAAUUACAUGAAAAAUAAUAAACAUAUUCAAAUAUAGUAAGAUAUUUGGUUCUGUAAACCUGCAAUUUCAUUUGCCAAGUUCUGCAGGAACAGACUAAACUUUCAUUAGAAUUAAAAUAAUUUCUUGAAUCAUAUAUGUAUCGACUUUUUCCUAAUCUGUAUUAGUGUUGCUUGAACAUCAAUAAAUAAAACUGAAUUCGGUGA